GGAAGCACUCGUUGGUUCGGGUCCUGAACCAAACAAAACAGUUCUGCACUCAUGAACGCCGUGACUAAAGCGAUGUCGAGGUUCCGCCUGGCUGUGGUCCAGCUGCAGGUGAGCAGCCUUAAGGCGGACAACCUGAGCAGAGUCCGGAGGCUGGUGAAGGAGGCAGCGGGACAGGACAGCCAGGUGGUGCUGCUGCCGGAAUGCUUCAACUCUCCCUAUGGAACGAGCUUCUUCUCCACCUAUGCUGAGAGGAUCCCCGGGGAAUCCACCCAGGUGCUCUCUGAGGUAGCAAAGGAGAAUAAGCUGUAUCUAGUGGGAGGAUCCAUCCCUGAGGAGGAUUGUGGGAAGCUGUAUAACAGCUGUGCCGUGUUUGGACCUGACGGAGAGAUGAUUCUCAAACACAGGAAGAUUCACCUGUUUGACAUUGAUGUUCCAGGAAAAAUCCGCUUCCAGGAGUCUGAGACGCUGAGCCCUGGAAACACUCUGUCCAUGUUUGACACACCAUUCUGUAAAGUGGGUGUGGGGAUCUGCUAUGACAUUAGGUUUGCGGAGCUUGCUCAGCUCUACAGCAGAAAAGGCUGUCAGCUGCUGGUUUACCCCGGAGCCUUCAACAUGACGACGGGCCCCGCUCACUGGGAGCUGCUGCAGAGGGGAAGGGCCGUUGAUAACCAGGUAUAUGUGGCCACAGCAUCACCUGCUAGAGAUGAGGCUGCCUCCUACGUGGCCUGGGGUCACAGCACCGUCGUUAACCCUUGGGGAGAGGUCGUCGCCAAGGCGGGGCCGGAGGAAACCGUCAUCUAUGCUGAUAUCGACCUGCAGUACCUGGCUGACAUCCGGCAGCAGAUCCCAAUCACAUCUCAGCGUCGGGACGACCUCUACGCUGUAACGUCGCUGCAGCAGUGAUCGAGCUGACCUCUCCAAAUGGGAUAAUUUUUCUCCAAAUAUCAAUCAAACUAAAUAGUCCUGAUAAUUUUCAUCAAGGAAUAGGAUAUUUAGUAUUUAGUCCUUGGUGGAGUUAAUGAGUGAGCGGUUCUGCGUUUUGCUGCAGCGCUAAAGGGAAGCUCUAGUUGGUUCCAGUUUAGGACUGAUCUUCAUAUGAAGGAAGGAAGGCGUUCCAGAUAUUAUAGGAGUUCAUUGACUUCAGUCUGUUGCCCUCCAUUAUUUCUGCCAUGUGAACCAAUUUAAUGUCAGAUUGCUAAAUUUCCAAUUGGAUGAGAAACUGAAUGCUUUAAUGUAACGAGUCAAAUCCUUGUUUUUUUCACCACCCAGCUGCAGUUUUACAUGUUGGAAUUUUUGUUGUGGAAUUAGAAUAAAUCCAAUUUUUCCUAAAUUAUGUUGAAUAACACAAGAGAAAUAAACGACAGAGAUGCACUUUAACUGUUUGC